UGGUUCUUGUCCUUGAUACAGCAAUUGUGACUCAAUUUUAUUCCUUGCACAAAAUAAAAUAAAUUUUAACGAUUGAUUAGUCCCUUACAUUACACCAAUCUUUUAGUAUGUAGCAUAAUGAAAACAAGGGUGUGUGCCUCCACGAAACAGUAGCACAGCGUAGACAUGCAAAUGCUAUGUACCAAAACUUUUUCACUAUCCCGCUUCCAAGAAACUUGUUUACGUGUUCUUUCAUUCUGCAACUCAAACUCUCUCAAAGAAGGAAUAUGCAUUCAUAGCCCCAUAAUCAAACUUGGUCUUCAACAUGACUUGUAUUUAACCAACAAUUUACUCUCUUUAUAUGCUAAAACCUUUGGAGUUCAUCGAGCACGCCACUUGUUCGAUGAAAUGCCUAACAGAGACGUCGUAUCAUGGACAACGAUUCUGUCUUCACACACCAAGACUAAGCAUCAUUCUGAUGCCCUGCAGUUGUUUGAUAUGAUGAUAGGUUCUGGUGAGUAUCCGAAUGAGUUUACACUGUCUAGUGCGUUAAGGUCGUGUUUUGCUUUAGGAGAGUUUGAACGUGGGAUGCAGAUUCAUUGUUCUGCUGUGAAGCUUGGGUUAGAGAUGAAUCGUUUUGUUGGAACUUCUUUGGUUGAGUUUUAUACCAAGUGUGGUUGUUGUAGUGUUGAAGCGUGGAAAUUGCUUUCGUUGGUGAAGGAUGGCGGUGAUGUUGUGUCUUGGACGACAAUGUUGUCUUCUUUAGUGGAAAAUGGUGCCGUGUCUUCCUUUCUUGGUUUAUCGUAUGGGAAACUGCUGCAUGCACAUUUAAUCAUGUUUGGUGCUGAAUUGAAUUUGGUGUUGAAGACAGCUGUUGUUGAUAUGUAUUCAAAAUGCAGACGGAUGGUCGAUGCUAUUAAGGUUUCUAAUCUGACACCUGAAUAUGAUGUGUACUUAUGGACCACCCUUAUCUCUGGAUUUACUCAAAAUUUGCAGGUUAGAGAGGCUAUCAGUGUUUUUCGUGAUAUGGAAUUAUCUGGCCUCCUACCAAAUAAUUUUACGUAUUCUAGUUUAUUGAAUGCUAGCUCCUCAAUUUUAUCAUUGGACUUAGGGGAACAAUUUCAUUCGCGGGUUAUCAUUGUUGGACUUGAGGAUGAUCUUUAUAUAGGAAAUGCACUGGUUGAUAUGUACAUGAAAUGCUCCCACAUCACUACAAAUGCUGUGAAAGUUUUUAGAGAGAUAACAUCACCAAAUGUCAUGUGUUGGACUUCUUUGAUUGCUGGUUUUGCAGAAAAAAGAUUAGAAGAUUCUUUUCAGUUGUUUGCUGAGAUGCAAGCAGCAGGAGUAAGACCGAAUUCCUUUACAAUGUCUGCCAUUCUUGGAGCUUGCAGCAAAACGAGGUCUCUUGUUCCAACAAUGAUGCUCCAUGGACAUAUCAUAAAAACAAAAGUAGACAUAGAUAUAGCUGUUGCGAAUGCUCUUGUAGAUACUUAUGCUGGAGUGGGGAUGAUUGACGAGGCAUGGUCUGUAAUUGGUACAAUGAAUCUUAGAGAUUCAAUCACGUACACAUGUUUAGCCGCAAGGCUAAACCAGAAGGGGCAUCAUGGAAUGGCAUUAAAAGUUUUGAUUCACAUGUGCAAUGAUGGGAUUAAAAUGGAUGAAUUUAGCUUGGCAAGUUUCUUAUCAGCUGCAGCUGGCUUAGGCACUAUGGAAACUGGAAAGCAGCUGCAUUGUUAUUCUGUCAAAUCAGGCUUCCAGAGAUGUCACUCAGUUUCAAACAGCUUAGUUCACUUGUACAGCAAAUGUGGUAGUAUUCACGAUGCAAAUAGAGCUUUUAAAGAUAUUAGUGAGCCAGAUGCAUUUUCAUGGAACGGUUUGAUAUCUGGAUUUUCUUGGAAUGGCUUGAUAUCCCAUGCUCUUUCUACUUUUGAUGACAUGAGGUUAGCAGGAGUUAAACCUGAUUCUAUAACACUGUUGUCGCUGAUUUCUGCUUGCAGCCAUGGCGGCUUAUUAGAACUGGGUCUUGAGUAUUUCCAUUCUAUGCAAAAAGAAUACCAUAUAACCCCAAAACUAGAUCACUACAUGUGUUUAGUUGAUCUUCUUGGUAGAGGUGGUCGCCUAGAGGAAGCUAUGGGAGUUAUUGAAAAAAUGUCUUUCAAGCCAGACUCUUUGAUUUGUAAAACUUUAUUAAAUGCUUGCAAUUUACACGGAAAUGUUGCUCUAGGAGAAGAUAUGGCAAGGCGAUGUCUUGAGCUUGAUCCAUCUGAUCCUGCAAUAUAUUUGUUGCUUGCAAACUUAUAUGACAACGCUGGACUCUCUGAUUUUGGAGAGAAGACACGUCGGUUGAUGAGAGAAAGAGGUUUAAGGAGAAGUCCUGGGCAGUGCUGGAUGGAGAUAAGAAGCAGAGUUCAUCACUUCUCCGCAGGAGAGAAGAUAAACGAAGACGAGAUUACUGAAAAGCUGGAGUUUCUUAUAACUGAAUUUAGGAAUAGGCGGUAUCAAUACCAAGAGAAUGAAGAUAAGUUUUACCACCCAGAGCAAUUGGCAGUUGCAUUUGGUGUUCUUAAUGCACCAUCUACGUCUCCAAUUCGUAUAUACAAGAAUUCACUGAUCUGCUCUCACUGCCAUACUUUUAUAAUGCUUUCCACGCAAGUGAUUGGUAGGGAGAUAAUUAUGAGGGAUAGGAAACGGUUCCAUUUCUUUAAGGAUGGACAAUGUUCUUGCAGAGGUCACCUAUGAUGCAGAAACAUUUCCUUCGUUUUUGCUAAAUAUAUUGCAUGGACGAUCCUAGAAUUUGUGCGUCAUUUAUAUUGUAGCAAGGUAAAGUGAAAAUCAAACUAUGGUCUGUAUUAAUCUAGCUGAAGGAAAGAUAACAAAUAUUGUUGAUGAUACAUAAGUAAGCUAGUUUACCCUUGCAAUUAAAACAGGUUCCAUGCUAUUACGGACUAGAAGGAUUGCUGAGUCAUAUAACUGGAAAAAUAUCAUGUUAUCUUGGAAAAUAACAACUUUCCUUUAUCACCAUGAAAAGAAUUGGAUGAGUAGAAUUUUUGUAAAUAAUGAAUUUAAUUUCUUAUAUUAUGUUGUUUUUAAAUAA